AACCCGUUCGCUCCCCAUUUCGUCAUAUGAUGCACAAAUACAAAUAAGCGUUUUAACUAAUUGUCCGUGGAAAAGAAUACAGUUGGGCAAGAUGCUCCAAGAGUCCAAGUCGUUUGGCGCAGCAGGCAUAACGAUCGAUUUGAGCCUUUGGUGCCGGAGAAGUUGAUCCAAGAAGACCCCAACGCCACGAGGCAAGAGGCCCAAAACGAGAGCUCCCAUGCUGCUAUCCCGCUCCCCAGCUGCUUCCUGUAAGCUACUCGCUCCCUCCCGUCGCACGCGCCUUCUGACACCAUGCCCGCGCGCGGGGGCCACCGAGGCUGCGCUCCUCCCGGGCGGGCUGCGUGCGGAGUCGCUGCCGCGGCAUGUGGCGGUGGUGAUGGACGGGAACGCGAGGUGGGCGCGCGCGCGGGGGCUGCCGUCCGCUGCCGGGCACGAGGCCGGGCGGCGCGCGCUGGAGGAGACGGUGCGGCUCUCCCGCGCCUGGGGCGUCCGCGCGCUCACCGCCUUCGCCUUCUCCCACGAGAACUGGAGCCGGCCCAAGGCGGAGGUGGACUUCUUGAUGGCGCUGUUUGAGCGGGUGAUCCACGACAGUGUCGCUGAGUUUUUGAGGGAAGGAAUUCGGCUACGUGUAAUCGGCGACUCCUCAAGACUGCCAGUUUCCCUACAGAAGAUUGCAAGAGAAGCGGAGGAGGCCACGAGGACCAACUCAUCAUCACAGCUCGAUCUCACGCUGGCAAUCAGCUACAGCGGCCGGAGGGACAUAGUGCAAGCAUGCCGGAAGCUCGCGCAGAAGGUGCAGGGCGAACUGCUCAGGCCGGAGGACAUCGACGAUUUGCUGUUCGCCGAGGAGCUCGAGACGAGCCCCGCCGGCGAGUUCCCGUACCCCGACCUUCUCAUCAGGACUAGCGGCGAGCUGAGGCUGAGCAACUUCCUGCUGUGGCAGUCGGCGUACUCGGAGCUCUGCUUCACGGACACUUUGUGGCCUGACUUCGGGGAGGCCGACUACCUCGAAGCGUUGGCCUCCUUCCAGAGCAGAGACAGGCGGUUCGGUGUGAGGAAAUUGUAGUUGGUCAGUGCAACUGAAAGUCUGAAACAUGAUGAGUUUGGGACUCGUGGUAAUCGCAUGGUGCGGUUGUGUCCGAUUGUUACAACUUAUAAAUGGAGCUUGGGUUUUCCCCAGGAUUUCGAUCAA